AUGGCCAGAGACGUCAGUCCUCUGAGUCUCAUGCCUUUAUCUGUGAGGCACCGACAGUGGGUUGGAGCCUCUCUGGGGUUUGUCCUCCCUUUCUUCCCCCUACGUUCUCUAAUUUUCUACUACUUCCUGUCCUGUGCAGCAGCAGCAGGCAGUCUACCUGGCAUAGAAUAUAGCUAUGGCAUCAGUCCCAAAUUUGUUUGCACCCCCAUUCCCCCAGAAGCAGACCCUAGCUGCUACUCCCCACCCAGUGUGCCCCAUGGACCAAGCAGUAAUGGCCACAGUAACAGUCACAGUGGCAGCAACUGGCGAAACAUGAUGUCAGACGAGGCCAAAGCCACCAUCUUACAUCUGCGAGAAAGCCUUGUGAGGCAGAAGGAGACCAUCCUGGACCAGCGGGAGACCAUCAGGGAGCUGACCGCCAAGCUCACCUUGUGCGAGGGCUUCGGCGGUCACCAUAGCACUGGUCACCACGACAACCACCACGACAAUCACCACGACAACCAUCAUGAUACCCAUCAUGACAAUCAUCACGACAGCCACCAUGACAACCAUCAUGACAACAACCACGAUGACCACCACGGGCAUCACGGCAGCCACCACGCGCCAUCUUCGUCGCACCACGGGCCCUCGGCGUAUCACAGCAAUGAUCACCACUACUCCCACGGCAGCCACAGAUCAGACCCCCACCACAGGAAGGGCUCGUCAUACAGCAAACACAGCUCCUUCUCUCCUGAACAGACAGGCAAAACCCUGCAGGCGCUGAAGGAGAGGCUCGAGAACUUGCAGGCCAGAAACUCCUCCAGCUCCUACUCCAGCUCCCUAAGAGAACUCCUCCAGCGGAAGAUCAACGCCCUGGAAGAGCAGCUGCAUAGCUACCACCGAGAUCACCAUGACUAUGACGGCCGGCAUCACGGUCACCAUGACGACCACCACAACGACCAUCAUGAUGACCAUCACAAUGACCACCACGACGACCACUACGGCCACCACGACAGUGAUCACCACGACUAUCACCAUGAACCUGGCCACCAUGAUGACCACCACGAGGACCACCACGAGGACCACCACGACAAGCACCACGGCAACGACCACCAUGACAACCACCACAGCAACAGUCAUCACCCACGGCGAUUGCCUUUCAGCAGCAAGGAGACGAGUGUGCGGGGCGCCGGGCACAGCAAGCUGGAAACGGUGCUUAGCCAACUGCACCACGGCAACAACGACCAUGACCACAAGAAGCUAAAGAGCCCGAGCGCUUUCCUGCUCGACUUCCCCAUGAGGACCAACUACAUGUAUGCCAGGAUGAAGCGGUCGGUGGUCAACGAGAUCUUCGCCCUGACCGUCUGCCUGUGGCUGAAGGCAGGGGCAGGUCCUGGCCUCGGCACACCCUUCUCCUACGCCGUACCAGGGCAAGCCAACGAGCUGGUGCUCAUCGAAUGGGGCAGCAACCCCAUGGAGCUGCUGAUCAAUGACAAGGCGGUGACAUUGCCCAUAACCAUGACAGAUGGGAAGUGGCAUCAUGUGUGUGUGACGUGGUCGACACGUGAUGGUAUCUGGGAGGCCUAUCAGGAUGGGGUGAAGAAAGGCUCAGGGCAAAACCUGUCAGCCUGGCAUGCCAUCAAACCGGGAGGGAUCUUCGUCCUGGGGCAGGAGCAGGACACGAUGGGGGGUCGCUUCGACGUUACUCAGUCCUUCAUGGGAGAGCUGUCAGAUCUUCAGUUCUGGUCCAGAGUCCUGACACCAAACGAGAUCCACAGCCAGGCGACCUGCGGAGGCCACCUCAUCGGCGACGUCAUGUCCUGGUCGGAGGAGUCAGUGGAGCUCCACGGUGGACUCACCGAGUUCCCCUUUGAACCCUGCCACUAG